AUGUCGCUCGUAUGGUUGAGGAAGGAGGGAUCAAACUGGGAUUUUACACAGCAAUUCGAGGAUUACAUGGGAGGGGUGUCAUGGGAUACCUUUGUCCGCGAGUGUGACCAAGUACAAACGAUACUGAUCAUGGAUAAAAUUCAGAUGUUAUACAAGCCGGAAGGUGUUUCAACUUGUUUAUUUGGUGGUGACAGGUUUUGGGACACAGUCAAGAGAGUUCUACAGGGUGGUGGUCUCCACAUCGUUACCUUUGCAUCCUAUGGAUAUCGUGGAGCAUAUA